CCCUGAGGCAGAGGCGCCUCGGGUCGGUCAUGGGAUCCGCCCUGCUGCUCCACAACCUGGACUUUCUUCUCAUCUCACUACUCAGUGGUUUAUUUCUGGCCCACGCGGACGACGUGCUGACGAGAGACGAGCAGAUCGGCCUCCUGUUCAGAGCCAGACUGAUCUGUGAGGGCAACAUCGACUCAAGGCGCAACGUGUCCGACGGGUUCUGCGCCCCGGAGUGGGACGGCAUCGUCUGCUGGCCCGAAGGGCGUCCGGGAAACCUGGUGUCCACGGCGUGUCCCGAGUACAUCCACGACUUCAACCACAAAGGACUGGCAUACCGUCGGUGUGACAACAAUGGGACUUGGGAACUGGUGACAGCCAACAAGACGUGGGCCAAUUAUAACGAGUGUGCGAAAUUCCUCUACCAUUACAACCACAGCCACGAAAAGGACGUCUUCCACCGCCUGUACCUCAUCUACACCGUCGGCUACUCCAUCUCUCUGGGCUCCCUCAUGGUGGCCGUCGCCAUCUUGGGAUACUUCCGGCGACUGCACUGCACCAGGAACUACAUCCACAUGCACCUCUUUGUGUCCUACAUGCUGAGAGCCGUCAGCAUUUUCGCGAAAGACGUCGUGCUCUACUCCGGGUCGGCCUUGGACAGCAUGGAGAGAGUCACGGUGGAAGACCUCAAAUCCAUCACGGAGGCGCCGCCGUCCAACAAAACCCAGUUCAUCGGCUGCAAGGUGGUCGUCACCUUGUUCCUGUACUUCCUGGCGACCAACUACUACUGGAUCCUGGUGGAGGGUCUGUACCUGCACAGCCUCAUCUUCAUGACCUUCUUCUCUGACAGAAAGUAUCUGUGGGGCUUCACCCUGAUCGGAUGGGGAGUGCCAGCUAUGGUGGUGACAGCUUGGGCGACCAUGAGAGCCACGUUUGCGGAUACAGAGUGUUGGGACUUGAGUGCGGGCAAUUUGAAAUGGAUCUAUCAAGUGCCCAUCCUGGCGGCCAUAGUGGUUAAUUUCAUGUUGUUUCUGAACAUCAUCAGAGUCCUGGCAACCAAACUGCGAGAAACCAACGCGGGAAGGUGUGACACGAGGCAGCAGUACAGAAAGCUGUUGAAGUCCACGUUGGUGCUGAUGCCGCUCUUCGGGGUCCACUACAUCAUAUUCCACGCCAUGCCGUACACAGAGGUGUCCGGGGCCCCCUGGCUCAUACAGAUGCACUACGAGAUGCUUUUCAACUCCUUCCAGGGAUUCUUAGUUGCGAUCAUAUACUGCUUUUGCAACGGGGAGGUGCAGGCCGAGAUCAAGAAGUCCUGGAGUAGGAGGACCCUGGCGCUGGAUUUCAAGAGGAAAGCUCGGAGCGGCAGCAACACUUACAGCUACGGGCCCAUGGUGUCCCACACCAGCGUCACCAACGUCACCGCCAGGGGCCCGCUGGCCCUGCACCUCACCACCAGGCUGGGCCCGGGGCCCGCCAACGGGCACCGGAACCUGCCGGGCUACGUGAAGAACGGCUCCGUCUCCGAGGGCUCGGCGCCCUCGUCGGGGCAGGAGCAGCCGCGCGGCCCCGACGAGGAGCACGCGGCGGCGCGCCGCCCCCCCCCCGCCGCGCGGCCCUGCGACCACGAGAAGCCCGCCCCCGUGGCGGAGGAGGAGGAGGAGGAGAGGGAGACGGUCAUGUGACCCCCCCACGCCCCCCACUUUUCACGGAACAGCCUCUGGACUCUCUGAAAGGGAAGUGGGCGGUGGGGGGGCGGCUGCAGGCUGUCGAUCUCCACCUGUCGAUCUCCACCCC